UAUAUAUAAAGCUCUGCGGUAUGCCUGCAAGGAUUCGCUCCCGAACAGCGAACGCUUUGAACAGCACCCCCCCUAACGAACCGUUGGGGGAAAAAGCGAGGGAAAACCAACGGGCCAAAUCCACAAUUCUCGCAUUCCCGCCAGUAUUAGUUUCCGGAGUUCUGCCCAGUUGCUAGCAUACGACUGCUUUCUGUAAAUACAGGGGAUUUUCAAAAUGAAGGCACUUAUUCUUGUUGGAGGGUUUGGAACACGGUUGAGGCCAUUGACACUCAGUGUCCCAAAGCCAUUGGUCGACUUUGCUAAUAAACCCAUGAUUCUGCAUCAGAUAGAAGCUCUCAAGGCUAUUGGUGUCACUGAAGUAGUAUUGGCAAUCAAUUACCAACCAGAGGUCAUGCUUAGUUUCUUGAAGGAUUUUGAGUCAAAGCUUGGAAUCAAGAUCACCUGCUCACGAGAAACUGAGCCACUUGGAACUGCUGGUCCUCUGGCUCUGGCAAGGGACAAGCUGAUUGAUGACUCUGGUGAACCAUUUUUUGUUCUCAAUAGUGAUGUUAUCAGUGAGUACCCAUUGAAGGAAAUGAUAGAUUUCCAUAAAGCCCAUGGAGGAGAGGCUUCCAUAAUGGUUACUAAGGUGGAUGAGCCAUCCAAGUAUGGUGUUGUGGUUAUGGAAGAGGCAACAGGGAAAGUUGAGAAGUUUGUAGAGAAACCAAAAAUAUUUGUUGGUAACAAGAUCAAUGCUGGGAUUUACCUGUUGAACCCAUCUGUUCUUGAUCGGAUUGAAUUAAGGCCAACAUCAAUUGAGAAAGAGGUGUUCCCAAAGAUUGCAGCAGAGGGAAAGCUUUUUGCUAUGGCCCUACCAGGAUUUUGGAUGGACAUUGGACAGCCAAAGGAUUAUAUCACAGGUCUCAGACUCUAUCUGGACUCCUUGAGAAAGAAAUCUUCAUCCCAAUUGGCACGUGGUUCUCACAUUGUUGGAAAUGUUCUGGUUCAUGAGACUGCUGUGAUUGGAGAUGGCUGUCUGAUUGGGCCAGAUGUUGCCAUAGGUCCAGGAUGUGUAGUUGAGUCAGGGGUUAGACUUUCGCGUUGUACUGUAAUGCAAGGAACUCACAUUAAGAAGCAUACAUGCAUCUCGAGCAGCAUCAUUGGGUGGCAUUCCACCGUCGGGCAGUGGGCUCGUAUUGAGAACAUGACCAUCCUUGGGGAAGAUGUUCAUGUAAGCGAUGAAAUAUACAGCAAUGGGGGUAUUGUCCUACCCCACAAAGAGAUCAAGAGCAGCAUUUUGAAGCCUGAAAUUGUUAUGUGAGAGUGAGAACCAGAGAACAAACUGAAGCCUUUAAUUAAAUUAGAAUGUGUCUAGAUUUUAAGGUUGUGUGCGAAAAGCUUUUGUUUUUUCUCCUUUCUUUCUUUCUUUCUUUCAUAAAUGUAAAAUUAAGUUUUAGUUUGAGCAAAAUUGGUGGAUGGUUCUGUUUUCCUUUUUCCUAGGAUACAUAUGUAUAUUGGUGUGAAUUGUAAGCUUGCGUUUGUAGAUCUGUAGAUAUAAAUUAUCAAUGCCAAUGGCUUCUCUGGAGUUCUCUAUUAUCUGC